CAGGGAUUGAUUCCAGGUCUGCCAGGCAGUCAAGUCCACCUUCACCUUCGUUCGCUGUUCAUUUGCGUGAGGUUUUCUUUCCUGUGCAAAUAAAUCUUCGUUCAUUCAUUAGUAUUAAACACUCGUUUUCUGCACCAGUAGCAAUAUUUCUUUUCACCGUUUGCCAUUAUGAAGUCUUCCGCUACCUUAUUGAAGAAGUUCCUCUUUGCCAUUCCGGGCGUGUUGGGAGCCAUAACAGUCGACAUCAACGAUGCAGGCGGCUGCUGCACUGGUAGCAGAGGAUUUGCUAUCGUUUUACGACGGAGAUAAACCGGGUGGCGUACCGGGCAUCUUUGGAUCGGCUCCUCCGGCAGGCGACUACUACUGGUGGACAGGAUCACUCCUCUGGAGUACUCUUUUGGACUACAGGUCGCGUACCGGAAAUACAACUUACGAUGACACUAUACUGGAAGGCUUGCAAUGGCAAGUAGGCUCGGACAACGAUUUCAUGCCGGCAAACUGGACUGCCUCCGAAGGCAACGAUGAUCAAAGCUUUUGGGCACAAGCCGCUUUGUUGGCCGACGAGACAGGUUUCGUGGAUCCUCCUUCAGGGGACGCACAAUGGCUUGCUCUCGCACAGACUGUUUUUGAUGUGCAGAGUGUUGAGGGACGCCACGUUAGUGAAGGAAACUGCUCAGGCGCUCUGAGAUGGCAGAUAUACACUUUCAACAACGGUUAUAGCUAUGUGAACACCGCCUCCAAUGCAGGCUUUUUCAGCAUCGGCGCCCAGCUAGCUGUCUUGACCAAGAAUGAUACAUAUGGCGAUGAAGCCGCCAAGACGUAUGAUAUCCUCAGCAAGAUUGGCUUGGUCUCUGAUGACUUCAAUGUCUACGAUGGCUUGCAGGCCGAUGCAUGCAAUGCUAUCAACCGUGUUCAAUUCUCGUACGCCGCCGGUGUUCUCUUGCAGGGUUCUGCAUACAUGUACAACUAUACAAAUGACGAUAUUUGGAAGACACGUGUCGAUGGUCUUGUUGACCGCACACUGGAGCUAUUCUUCCCCAAGGGUAUUGCGACUGAGAUAGCAUGCGAGGAUUCUGAGAGUUGUACCAGCGACAUGCUUUUCUACAAGGGGAUCCUUCACCGAUCACUUGCCUACACCAUGAAGCUCGCCCCACACACCACAGAAACAAUCCUACCAGUUCUCAAGACAAGUGCUGCAGCUGCCGUAUUGACUUGUACUGGUGGUGACAACAAGCGCAUGUGUGGCUUCACCUGGGCAGAUGGCAAAUUUGACAAUUCAUCCGCUGCUGCGCAGACGAGUGUACUCAGUGCAUUAGUCUCUGUUCUGCAGAGCUAUGUCGAGGUAAACACCACCGGCUCGGGUGGCGGCAAUAGCGGUAACAGCACAAGCACAACUGGGAGCAGUGGUGGAAGUGACGGUGCAAGUGGUUCUGGUAACUCGACAGGCAGUGGAGGCAGCAGCAUUGGAACCAAUAUUGGUGUCAGCUUCUCUGUGCUCGUGGGUGGCCUGCUGGUAGCUGGCUUUUUGGGCUAAUUGAUUGGCCCGCGUACGUGUUGUGUUAUUGUUGACAUGAGGUCAGGUAACUGUCGUCUACGCCUACAGUAUAUCGUGAUUAGCAUGUAGUUUAAGUUUCUACAAGUCGAGUGACUUACUUGUACGAUCAUAAAUGCUCCAGCAGCCAUCUAAUGAAAUAUGUUGGAUCCACAUGUACACUAUACACUGCUGUUGAUGCCGAUCCAGACUAUC